AUGCACCCUUUGCCUUUUCCGCUUUUGCUGAUGUUUGGUGUAGGUGUGCUCCUCGGCAUAGCGGCAGACACAACCCGACAGGCGAUCGCUAAUCAGGUGCCUCCAAAAGGUCCCUACAGCUACGGCAUCCGCGCAGGUGCCACCACCUAUUCUUCUGCCAGCGCUGGGUUCUACCCCAACACAACUAAACUCGUGCCGGGUGGAAUCGCUGCGGAGACGCGCCAGGUCCUUAAAAAUCUUCAGAGUACGUUGGAGGCCGGUCGGAUGAACUUCACCAAUGUCGUGAGCACGAGAGUGUUGCUGGCCAACUGGAAGGACUACGACGCGAUGAACCAAGUGUACCGCGAAUUCUUUCCAGAAGACUAUCCUGCCAGGUCGGUGGCCCAAGUCGGGUUGCCAGCACCGGGUUCUCUCGUCGAAAUCGAGGUCGUCGCAGUGAAUGGCUAACGAUGAAUUUCGUCAACUCCGGCUUCAGGAAUGAUCGUUUCGAAUUCCUAAACCCUACUAAAGCUACAGAAAGCGACUGAUCAUUGCUAAUUGCUUCUGUGUUA